AAAAAUAAGCCGAAAAAUUUUUCUCCCUCCAUGUUGUUCCAUGUGUACCACCAUUAACCUCUAUAAAUUACAAUCAUUAACAACAAACAAUAAAUAACAAUAUAAACAAAUUAAUAACAAUAUGGAUACCAUACCAAAAAUAAAUAUAAAACUGGCAACAGAACGAGUUGAUGGAAAUUUAAUAAUCAAUGAUAACAAUCAACCAAAAUUUUAUACUCCUGGAGAAGAGGUAUCAAGUCAAGUUGGUUAUUUAAGGGGUCAUGGUACAUAUGUUGAUGAUGAUGAAUGUCUUCGUGCAUCAGUUGCUGGUGUACUUGAAAAAGUAAAUAAAUUAAUAUCAAUAAGACCAUUAAAAACACGUUAUCAAGGUGAAAUUGGUGAUGUUAUUGUUGGUAGAAUAACAGAAGUACAACAAAGUCGUUGGAAAGUUGAUACAAAUUCAAAACUUGAUUCAGUACUUUUAUUGUCAUCAGUUAAUUUACCUGGUGGUGAAUUGAGAAGAAGAUCAGCUGAGGAUGAACAAACAAUGAGAAGAUAUUUACAAGAAGGUGAUUUAAUAUGUGCUGAAGUACAAAGUACAUAUGCUGAUGGUUCAUUAUCACUUCAUACACGUGUUUUAAAAUAUGGUAAAUUAUCACAAGGUAUUAUGAUUAAAGUACCACCAGCAUUAAUUAAAAGAAAAAAAACACAUUUUCAUAAUUUACCAAAUGGUGCAACAUUGAUACUUGGUAAUAAUGGAUAUGUAUUUAUUGGUGCAAAUACACAAAAUACUGAUCGUUCAGAAGGUGGUUUUACACAAGAUUUAACUAAAGUUGAACAAGAAGAUCGUGAAGUAUGUGGACGUUUACGUAAUUGUAUAUUAAUACUUGCUAAAUCAAAUAUACAAUUAACUGAUACAUCUGUUACUUAUGCAUAUGAAGAAUCAUUAAAAUAUCAAGUCAGUGAAUUAUUACAAUCUGAAUCAAUAUUGGAUGUAUCAUUAUUAACACAUCAUCGAUUAAAUCAAGAAUAAUUAAAUAAUCAAAAAAUU